CUAAGACUUUUUCAAAAUGAUGAGAAAAGUGAAGACAGACAAAAAGUCUGAAAUACCGAAAAAAUACGUUGUCUGUACCAUACCAACCAGGCGUGUUUUCGUGUGAAACCAAAAGAACCGCACAUAUCCAAUCCUUCCCCCACUCUCUCUCUCUUUCCAACAGUCCAUCUGAACAGUGCUCCUGCUGUCAUAUUAAUAUUAGCAGUACCAAGAAGAAAUGUCAAGCAGUGGAAAUACUCAUUGGUGCUACCAGUGCAGGCAGCCAGUUCGGCUUCAUGGUAGUAAUUUGACUUGUCCAUCUUGUGAUGGAGGCUUUGUACAAGAGCUUGACGAGGUUGUGGGUGCUCAACAGCAGGAUUUCGUUGGAUCUCAUUCAGGAGAUACAUCUGAUUUUGGAGUGAUGGAACCGUUCCAUGAUCCAAGAUUUGGGAUCAUGGAUGCAUUUGCAGCACUUAUGAGGCAGAGAAUGGCUGGGAGAAACCCAACCUUUGACAUUAGGACGCGAUCAGGCGUUAAUCCUGAAAACAGUGUUGCCUUUGGUUCUGGACCUGCUGGUCCAUGGUUGAUAUUUCAUGGGCAAUCACCUGCCAGCAUGUCUGAUAAUAAUGCAUUUGAGUUCUUUCUCAAUGGAAACCAUGGAAUGGGGCAGCGUCGAGGUGAUUUUGGUGAUAUAUUUAUGGGGCCUGGACUGCAAGAUUUGAUUGAGCAGCUUACCAUGAACGAUAGGCAGGGCCCCCCUCCGGCACCUCGUUCUGCAAUUGAUGCUAUGCCCACUAUUAAAAUUACUCCGAGGCAUCUUAGUACUGAUUCUCACUGCCCAGUUUGUCAAGAUAAAUUUGAGUUGGGUACUGAAGCUAGGCAGAUGCCAUGCGAUCAUAUUUACCAUUCUGAUUGCAUUACUCCUUGGUUGGUUCAACACAACUCCUGUCCCGUCUGCCGUCUUGAGCUGCCUUCACAGGGUUCUGGAAGUGCUCGUCCCAACUGGAAUUCGAGAACUGGGAAUGCAAGUGGCAGCAAUAGUGCACACAACAGUGGGAGGGAAAAUGUGCAGCAUCAGGGAAGAAGGAAUCCAUUCUCAUUCUUGUGGCCUUUCUGAUUGUCAAAUCUAAGCACUCGCCACUAUGCUGAAGAAGGAGAAAUUAGCUUGACAGCAUCUAACAAAGAUAAUCGUGGGGGUAACUACCCUGGAUGAUAUUUUGAUUAUUAAGGUUGUCUUUGCAGGAAACUUUCUCUCUUUGGUACUCUUUUUAUUAUCUGUUUCCUGUCAUGUGCUCCUGUAAUUAACUCCAAUGUCGGAAUCUGGCUCUUGAUUUUAGCAAAUAUCUUGGCGAGAUAGAGAUGGUUUUAUAAAAUUGUCUUAAAGGAUUAGUAAACUGAGCAAGGGUAGCCGAAUACUAUCUGCUUGUGUUUGUCUCCACAUGUUGAUAUGUAUCCAAGAUUGGGUAGAAUUCACCUGUGGUUA